AUAAGUGACAACUGACAAAUGACAGUUCCAUGUUGUUGCCUGUUGGCUGGAUAAGUUAUAACUCCUAACCUGAAAUUUAUUGAAAACUGAGUAUAUAAAAUGGAGCUAAAUGAAAGGAUUCUCCACUACCUAGACCAACAUGGUAGUGGUGAUACGAUUGAAAUAGCUAGUGAAUUCAAUGAAGACCAUCAGAAAGUUGUCGGUGCCAUUAAAAGUUUGGAGACACUGGAGAUGGUGACUGCGAUAAAAGUUCAACAUCUUAAAUGGGAGUUGACUGAAGAAGGGCUGCACGUCGCCGACAACGGCAGCCAUGAGGCUGUGAUUUACAGUAGUAUUCCUGAUGGUGGGAUGGCACAGGCUGAAAUUAUGAAGACUGUACCAAAUGCAAAAGUAGGAUUCAGCAAAGCCAUGUCAGCAGGGUGGAUAUACAUAGACAAAUCUGGAGGAGCACCCCUAGUAAAAAAAAAAGUUGAGUCCAUCACAGACACUGUGCAAGAACACCUCAUAGAAAUACGCAAGGGCAUAGACAACCUACCUCAAAACGUAAAGAAUGAUUACAAAAAACGAAAGCUGAUGCAAGAGAUCACCAUCAAAGGAUUCAAGCUCUCAAAGGGACCACAAUUUGCAACAACAAUUAAGAAGCUAGAGACUGAAUUAACCACUGAAAUGAUGUUGUCUGGGUCUUGGAAGACAUUGCAGUUCAAGCCAUACAAUUUCCAAGCUUUGGGUCAACCACCAGAAUGUGGUCAUCUCCAUCCACUGCUCAAAGUGCGUUCCGAAUUCCGUGAAAUCUUCCUUGAAAUGGGCUUCACUGAGAUGCCAACCAACCAGUACAUCGAAAGCUCUUUCUGGAAUUUCGACGCUCUGUUCCAACCACAGCAGCACCCAGCCAGGGACGCGCACGACACUUUCUUCAUGUCCACACCAGCUAAGACAGAAAACUUCCCAAUGGAUUACUUGGAGAGAGUCAAAAAGGUUCAUAGCGAAGGUGGCUAUGGAUCGCAGGGCUACAGGUAUAAAUGGAAGAUUGAGGAGGCACAGAAGAACCUGCUGCGGACCCACACCACGGCCGUGAGCGCGCGCAUGCUGUACCGACUCGCGCAGCAGGACCAGUUCACUCCGCAGAAGUACUUCAGCAUUGACAAGGUGUUCCGUAACGAGACCCUGGACGCGACGCACCUGGCGGAGUUCCACCAGGUGGAGGGCGUGGUGGCGGAGCGCGGGCUCGGGCUGGCCGACCUCAUCAGCGUACUCGACGCGUUCUUCAAGCGCCUCGGCUUCGACAAGAUCCAGUUCAAACCCGCCUAUAACCCCUACACCGAGCCUAGCAUGGAGAUAUUCGCUUUUCACACUGGUCUGGACAAAUGGAUAGAGAUUGGCAACUCAGGAGUGUUCCGGCCUGAGAUGCUUCUCCCCAUGGGCUUGCCUGAAGACGUCAAUGUCAUUGCUUGGGGUCUGUCGUUAGAACGGCCCACUAUGAUCAAAUACCAUCUUAAUAAUAUCAGGGACCUCGUGGGACCCAAAGUGGACCUACGAAUGGUCCAAGAAAGUCGUAUCUGCAGACUGGAUAAAUAAAUAAUUGUAAAUAUAUUAUUGAAAAUUU